AUGAAGUGUCAUUAUGAAGUUCUGGAAGUUGCUCGCAGUGCAACAGAUGAGGACAUUAAGAAGUCCUAUCGAAGACUUGCACUGAAGUGGCAUCCUGACAAGAAUCUGGAGAAUCCAGAGGAGUGCAAGACGCAGUUUCAGACCAUCCAACAGGCCUAUGACGUGCUGAGCGAUCCUCAAGAGAGGGCGUGGUACGACAAGCACCGAGAGGCCAUCCUGGCCGAGGGUCUCGACGAAAACCACGAGGAGAAAUAUUUGAACAUCUUUCAUUUUUUCAACACCUCUUGCUUUUCUGGUUUCGGAAAUGACGAUCGAGGCUUCUAUGCGGUGUACAGGGAGGUCUUCAAGACGAUAGCUGCCGAAGAGUGUGAUUUCAUGGAAGGUGCUGAUGAUGGGAGCGAUGUAGAAGUGCCUGAGUUUGGAGAUUCAGACAGCUCUUAUGAGGAGAUUGUACACCCCUUUUAUGCAUAUUGGAUGAGCCAUUGCACCAAGAAGUCAUACGCAUGGCUCGAUAAGUACAACAUCCGAGAAGCUCCCAAUCGCCAAGUUUUAAGGAUCAUGGAGAAAGAGAACAAGAAGAUCCGUGAUAAGGCCAAACGCAAGAGAAACGAGGAAGUGCGGGCCCUCAUCGCGUUCGUCCGGAAGAGAGACCCGAGAGUUCAAGAGUAUCGGACCCGUCUGGAAGAGAAGUGCGCCGCUAAUGCACGGCGUGUGAAGGAGAUGAAGGGAAAGCAAGCCAUGGAAAGGAGGCAAAUGAUGGCAUCUGCCAAAGAGGCUCUCCCCCCUUGGGCCAGUACUGCUGACCUGGAGGAAGGCCUGGAGGAUAUAGAAGCUGCACUCUUGGCUGAAUUUGGUGAGGACUUGUCCCCCAUGGAAGGUGAGGAGAGCCCUGAUGAAAGUAAAGGAGGAGAGGAGGACGGUGAAGAUUCAGACUCCAUUGGGAAUUCAGUCCUUGAUGAAGCCUUAUAUUGCAUUGCUUGUGACAAAAUUUUCCAGUCUUCCAAUGCCCUAAGGAGUCAUGAAAGGUCCAAGAAGCACCUUUUAAAUGUUAGCAUCUUGAAGUCUACAUUGGAGACCGAAGACAUUGCUGCACGCCCAAAUGGGGAGGCCGAGGAUGUUGCUGAGCAGGAUUUGUUAGAUUCUCAGCUGGAUUCUCAAGAGCAAGCACCAAAGUCGAAGAAGAAGAAGUCAAGGCGGAAAAAAGAGAAAUUUGUUCCCCUAGAUGAAGAUGAGACAGUUACAGAAGAGCCAGGCAUCGAAGAAGGUCCAUGCGAUGAGGAGCCUUUGCCCAAACAAGAUCCUGACAAAAUGGCAGACACAGAAGAGGAGAAGCCUGGAAAAAAGCGAACCAAUCGCAAGCAGAAGAGGAAGAAGAAGAAAGAUGAGCAGAACCAGGCAGAAGAACUCACUUGUGUUGUCUGCAGAACAGUUUGCACCACCAGAAAUAAAUUAUUCAAGCACUUGGAGGAGACUGGACAUGCUGUUAGGGUAUCCAGGUGA